AUGAACUUCUCAAGUGUUGGUGAAGCUGUUCCAGCACUCGCUGGACUUGGCUACUUUCCUCCAGACGACACGCGGUCAAUCUACUCGGGUGGCCAGAACUUCACGCAUUGUUGUCUACGUGCUGCGAACAGUUCUCUGACAAUCGAGAAUCACCAAUUGGCAUUCAGUAAUGAUUCUUACUUUGAGUCGAGUGUUUCGAUCGAGGACAUACUGAACUCAGUUGAAGACGGCAUCUUUCCAUGCGGGGCCCAGUACAACGGAAAUCUAAACGGAUCGCCCAACAUCAUCGUCCCAUACAGCUGGUGUAUUUCUCAGUGUAAUGGCUGGGAGAUCUCGCACCCUAGCAAGCUCAAUCAAUGGGUCGGUCCGCUAGUACAAUUUCUCCUGCCAUCACUCGCCUUCUGCCUCAAUAUACCAAGAACCCGUAAGCUCGCAAUACCGGAAUUUGUGUUCCAGGCGCACCCGCGGAACGUCAUUGGUUUCACAACAUACUGGCUUCGGUUACUCAUGGCGGGCAUUCUCAUGUUGAUCGAUACCAUGGUGUGGCUGUCAAUGUGUUUUGCUUUCGCGGGCCCCAUGUUACUGAGUGGCGUUUACGAGUUUGUUCUUGACCGGAAAAUACUCGAAUUCCUGAGCCCGCCUGCCAAGGUUCAUGACCGUCCGCAAAUGCCCGUCAAGCUCCGAGCGCAACUGUUAUUGGCAGUAGUGGUUGGUAACCUUCGAAUCAACAGUAGCAGCCUAGAGGCCCAAAGGGAAUCUAUCCCCGUGCGCCAGGAUAGCUACGGCUUGUACAGUGCGAAGCGAACUCAGACGACCGACACUGCCCAUUCUACCACUACCGACAAUACGUGGACACGGGUGAUGAUGAUGCUUCACGGUAUAGAUGGUUCUCAGAUGUCAUUGCAGCCGGAAGUCGGAGAAAUAUCUCUACCAACGAAGCUCAAAUCAAUUCUCAUGGCCCAAGAAAGCUUCGGCUCGACCAUGGGAGCUCCAAUCCUGUUCUUCGUAGGUGGUUUUAUCUAUACGGUUCUGGAUAUUGAUAAUCAGCUCGGCGACAACGAUCAAGCACAUGCACUCGCCUUUGGAACAUGGUGGAUGACUAUUCCGUACCUAGCCAUUGUUUCAUGCGCCAUGCUUUCAUCGAACAGCCCAAGCGCUCUACAAGGCAUUGUAUAUGACGGCGGAGAUCGUGCCGCGCGUGAGAAGCAUGAAUUGAGCUUCUGGGACCAAUUAAAGGACAAGAUCAAGAGUCUACCGCUAGGAAACGUCAUCGGUGGUCACUUUGGAGGCUACUCGCUCAUUGAGCACACCUAUGAAGGCCACUUUCAGACCGUGACAAUGUGGAACAGGGGACCCAACAAGCGACGAUGGGUCUAUGAGGCCAUACGAGAGUACUCGAAAGACCGCCAGAUAUCCGGCGAUGAAGAUGCCAUCACGCCCGACGACGUUCGAAAAGGUCUCAGAAUGUCAUUCACCGACAAGCGCAACAUCAUUAUCGGUACCCUCUUCCUGCUCCUCACGCCGUCGAUUCUAGCAUUCCUGGUAUCCUACAACACGCCGCGCAAAUCCCUGGCGUGUCGCACGCUGACAUACAUGGUGUACGGAAUCACGCAACUGUGCGAGAUGCUGCUCUGGAUCUGGGAGGUCUAUCUCAAGGUGCAGUACGGCUCGCAAUGGUCAGACACCAAGACGCUGGCAAAAGCAAUCAACUGGUGGGCACAGGCUUUUGUUGCCUUUUUCGCCAUCCUUGCCGCCGUUGGUGGAACGUUUAUGCAGCUCCUGGGCGUUUACCACUCUUGCUUAUGCCGGAUUCCGGUAGAGUAUUGGCUCAAGCCAAACGAUCCCGGGGCCUGGAUCAACAUGAGCGAUAAUACGGCCGAAAGCAUCGUGGCGGCCCAGGAUUACUGGACCGUUAUCGGCACCGUGGCCGUUGUUGUGCUUAGUGUCGUCUGCGCGCUUUGCUGGUGGCACCAGCGACGAUUAAGAAAAGUCUUUCGCGAGGAAGCUGAUCGUCUGGAGGAGAGUAAGGAAUUCGAGUUACCGCUUGGACGAUCGCCGAGUGAUGUCGCGUAUUCUCCCCCAACAUCUCCAAUGACGCAGCGAACUUAG